AUGUUAGCGGAACAUGGAGCUACAGGGAGAGACAGGAUUUGCUCAUUCUCCUCCUUCCUACUCGUUCUUUCUCUACAAAUGUCUGCCUUUUCUCUACCUAAAGAUGAGCCUAUCGUGAAGCAUGAGCUUGAGAUCAGCUCCGCCAUGAAGAUCUGGAAUAUUCUGGUUUUUGUCCCGAUGUUGAAGCAAUUCCUCAGUAGACUUCCACGGAAGUCGUCCAAAUCUGACUUCAUUGAUGCGCCGAGGAGUGGUUCUGAGCACGGUUCGCCGUUGCAGCGCACGGCAAGUGGCAAUGUGGUUUCUUCUAGGUUAAACGCUGUCAAAAGGACAUCGUCUGCUGUGUUUCCAUCGACUGUAGUUGCCGGAAUCGAGCCUCUGUUAGCCUUCAAAGACGUUCCGAGCUCAGAGAGGUUAAGUCUCUUCAUCAGUAAGUUAAGUCUUUGCUGUGUGGUUUUUGACUUCAGUGACCCAAGCAAAAAUGCAACUGAGAAAGAUCUUAAACGUAUAACGUUGAUAGAGCUUCUCGACUUUGUUGCUACUGAUCCUCCGCGGUUUACUGAACCAGCAAUUUUAGCAAUGUGUAAAAUGUGUGCUAAUAACUUGUUUAGGGCACUUCCACCUAAUUAUCGAUCUAAAGCUGGUGGCAGUGAAAAUGAUGAAGAUGAACCGAUGUUUGAUCCUGCAUGGUCACAUUUACAAAUUGUGUACGAGAUACUGCUAAAAUUUGUAAUUUCUUCUUCCCUCGAAUCGAAGGUAGCAAAGAAAUACAUAAAUCAUUCAUUUAUUUUGAGUUUGCUCGAUCUCUUUGAUUCUGAGGAUCCUAGAGAAAGAGAAUGCUUGAAAACCAUUCUGCACCGAAUUUAUGGGAAGUUCAUGGUUCACAGGCCCUUUAUUAGGAAGAGCAUCAGCAAUAUCUUUUAUCACUUCAUAUUUGAAACUGAGCGGCAUAAUGGGAUUGCUGAAUUAUUGGAGAUUUUCGGGAGUGUAAUUAGUGGAUUUGCGUUGCCUCUAAAGGAGGAGCACAAGAUCUUUCUCUGGAGGGCUUUAAUUCCCCUACAUAAGCCAAAAUCUUUGGGUGUUUACUUUCAACAACUGUCCUACUGUAUUGCACAGUUCAUAGAAAAGGAUCCGAAACUGGCUAGCACGGUGAUAAGGGGGUUACUGAAAUAUUGGCCAGUUACAAAUAGUCAGAAAGAAGUGAUGUUCUUGGGUGAGUUAGAAGAAAUUCUUGAAGGAAUUAACAUGGGGGAGUUUCAAAAAAUAAUGGUUCCUCUAUUCUGGCGGAUCGGAUGUUGUAUCAACAGUUACCAUUUUCAGAGAGAAGCUUGGGGUCAUAACAUGUUUCAUGCAUCUUCAACUGUGAAGCUACCUGAAAGUAGAAGGAUCAAAGUGGUGGCUGAAAGGUCUCUUUUCUUCUGGAAUAAUGAUCAAAUUGUGAAUCUCAUUGCCCAUAACCGGCGCGUUAUCCUACCAAUCAUAUUCCCGGCACUGCAAAAGAAUGCUCAGAGCCACUGGAGCCCAUCAGUGCUCAAUUUAACCCUAAAUGUGAGUAAGAUGUUUACAGAGAUGGAUGAUGUGCUGUUCAUGGCAUGCCAUGCCCAUUUCAAGGAGGAGCAAGCUAAACUAAGUUUGUUAGAAGAGAAGCGGAAGGAAACAUGGGUCCAACUAGAGAAUGCAGCCAGUCACCAGCCAAUAAACACUGCUGUUCUGGUGGUGGGAAAUGCCAAAAGAGUGCAUGGAUGUAAGGAUAUUUAUGUAGCUGGCUUUUGGGUUAGGCCUGUUCACUUUUGUGAGGGAUGGAUGGUUCAGUGA